AUGGCCGAUAUCGAUGUCAAGGUUGCUUCAUGGAAGCUCGUUGAGGUUGGACGUGUGGUGCUGAUCCGCCGCGGUCCCUUCACCGGCAAGCUCGCCGCCAUUGUCGAGAUUGUCGACCACAGACGUGUUCUCGUUGACGGUCCCUCCACCGAGGAGAACAAGACUGUCCCCCGUCACGUCCUUCCUCUCGCCCACGCUACCCUCACCCACUUCGUUAUCCCCAAGCUUCCCCGUGCCGCCGGUACUGGACCCGUCCGCAAGCUCUGGGAGAAGAACGAGAUCGAUGGCAAGUGGGCCAAGAGCAACUACGCCCAGAAGACUCUCCAGAACGAGCGGAGGAAGAACCUCAACGACUUCGAGCGCUUCAAGGUCCUGAGACUCAGGAAGCAGGCUCGCUUCGAGGUCCAGAAGGCUCACGCCAAGGUCAGGGCGGCUGCAUAG